AUGAACGGGACGCCCAGUCAAGGGUCGGGCCUAAGGUACCCCUCGAACAAGAAGACCAUAUACGACCGCAACCUGAACCGGAGCAAGAAUGCAGAGCUCAGCCGCGCAGCCUUUGCAUACCUCUUCAUCGAAAUGAUUGCCUAUGCGCAAAAGGGCGCAAAAGACGUGGGCGGCUUAGAACAAAGACUAAACAGCCAAGGCUACCCCAUCGGUCUCCGUCUUCUGGAUCUCCUCCUCUCCCGCACCGCCAACCCCCUCGCCUCCAUCCGCCCCACGCGCAUCCUGCCGCUCCUCCAGUUCAUCGCUCAGCAACUAUACCGCUACCUGUUUGGCCGCCCCGCAGACGCCCUCGAAAAGUCGGGCACAGACCCGGGACAGUACAUGCUGUUUGACAACGAGCCCAUGGUCAACCAGUACAUUUCGCUACCAAAGGAGCUGUCGAGUCUCAACUGCGCGGCGUUUGUGGCGGGGAUCAUUGAGGGCGUGUGCGAUGGUGCCGGGUUCCCGACUGAGGGUGUUACGGCGCAUAGUGUGGGCGAGGAGGAGGGUAAGGAUGGGAAGGGGCUUUGGCCGGGGAAGACAGUGUUUUUGAUCAAGUUUAAGCCGGAGGUGUUGGAGAGGGAGGAGAUUCUGGGAAGGGGU